AUGGCCAUUACACUAGAAUCUCUGCCGACUGAAUUACUCGACAAUAUCAUCGGGUUCGCUGGCCCGCCUGCUUCAGCUUCGCCCGGUGAAGCAUACCAUCGAAGAAUCUGCACCUACACGUCCGUAUGUCGGACCUCUCGCGCGCUACGGGCAGUUGGCCAAUCACACUUGUAUGCUUUCAUCAGCACGUCAGAUCUUGGCGCGAACAUCCAGCCACUCCUUCAGACACUGCGCAAAAGGCCUGCCCUGGCAGCUCUGGUGAAGGAGAUUUACAUCGAGCCAGACUGCGAUGCUCCCAAUCCGAUGGCCCGAGACGAGCUGGAUCUAUGCUGGAAGGCUAUUGAUGAGGCUCUUGGGACGAACCAACUAUCGCACGAGGCAAGAAAAGCGUUCAAUCGGCGCAAAGGCUGUAGAGCCUGGGAGGCUGUCAUGCUCUUGGCCCUGUCGACCAAAAUCCGAAAACUUUCCAUAUGUGAACUUGAUCCGGGCUUGACCCCAUGUGUUCACUGUCCAAUGCUUGGCAAAAUUUCUCGUAUGCUCUUCCAGCUUCGAAGCCCUCGAGAUUGCUCCGAGUUUCUAUACAGUACACUAGCCGAUGCUCGUAUGGGCUGCAUUACACAUACUAGCUUCUCGGCGCUGAUGCAGCUUCCGACUCUACAGAAAUUGACUAGCGAGAUGUCCUUGCAAAGCCAUGUCAGUGGGGAUGAGGGCUGGCUGUGCACACGAGGGAAAUCCAAUGUCUCGGACCUGGAUAUGCAAAUGGUCCACUUGGAUGCUAAUGCUCUUUCACGGGUAAUCGCGUCAUGCAAGAGCCUUGACCGGCUACGUGUUGAGUUUGCUGGAGUUGAAACAGGCGGACCCAUUGACGUCUCUACUCUCCAUGCUACCCUCCGACUACAUGAAUCGAGCUUGACCAAAUUAGUCCUCGAAUCGAAGACUCAAGAGUAUCUCGUUUCCCGAAAAGAUCGGUCAUGUGCCCUGGACCUGGGAACAUUCAGCCGUCUGGAAACUUUGCAUAUCGACGAAGAGUUGUUGCUUGGAAAAUAUUACUGGCUGAGUGACGAGCUCGAUGCGAAGAUCACGCUUCCUGCUUCACUGGUAGACCUCAGCAUCUUCAACCACCGAGAUAUGAUUUCACUGCCAAUCGUCAUUGAGGCAGUGCAGGCGAGCUUGCCAGAUAAUCUCCAGCACCUGCGGAUUCUCUUUGAACCAGAUACCAAUGGUUCACUCAGCUGCAGAAAGCAAAUUUCACGCAAGUCGAGACAUCGACGCACGCCGGCGGCUUUGCAGUGGUGGUCCUUUAGUUCCGGAAGACCGGGCGAGCAUUUGUUUUCUGGGUUUACGUUCCAUUGCUGGAAGAAGCAUCAGCCACUGAAGACGACCAUGUCGGACCUUCCGAGGCUGGCAGACAAUGGGAAUAACACGUAUGCGGUGCUUGAUUAUCUCUAUCCUGGGAGUCUUUACAGCCAAUGCAUCUGCAAACGCUGUAUUCCUUGGAGCAUUUCCCAUACUCAUGCCUAUCGAGCCACCGCGCCGAACCAUCCAUGA